AUGGCAGACAUUGACAACAAAGACCAAGCUGAGAUGGACCCGGCAGAUAUGGAAGAUGUGGAGGAUGUAGAAGAGGAGGAGACUGUAGAAAAUUCAAAAAGCAAAGCUCGUCAGCUGACAGAGCAGCUCAUGCAGAAUCCACAAAUCCUGGCUGCACUACAAGAGGGUCUUGACGGCCUUAACGGUUCACCAUCAGGGUACAUUGAGAGCUUACCAAAGGUUGUUAAGCGACGCAUCAACGCCCUCAAGAACCUGCAGGUGAAAUGUGCUCACAUCGAGGCCAAGUUCUACGAAGAAGUGCACGAGUUGGAGAGAAAGUACGCCGCGCUUUACCAACCAUUCUUCGAUAAAAGAAGUGACAUUGUCAAAGCCGCGUACGAGCCAACAGACGAGGAGUGCGAAUGGAAAGCAGAUGAGGAGGAAGAGCUGACAGAUGAAAUGAAGGAGAAGGCCAAGCUAGAGGAAGAGAAGAAGGAUGAAGAGAAGGAGGACCCCAAAGGCAUUCCCGAGUUCUGGUUAACGGUGUUCAAAAACGUGGACCUGCUAAGUGACAUGCUGCAGGAACACGACGAGCCCAUUCUCAAGCAUUUACAGGAUAUUAAAGUGAAAUUUUCAGAUCCUGACCAACCUAUGAGCUUUGGUUUGGAGUUCCACUUUGAGCCCAAUGAAUUCUUCUCAAAUACAGUUCUGACAAAAACAUACAAAAUGAGAUCAGAGCCCGACGAGAACCCUUUCUCUUUUGACGGACCAGAGAUCAUUUCAUGCACGGGCUCCACGAUCGACUGGACAAAAGGCAAAAACGUCACGUUGAAAACCAUCAAGAAGAAGCAGAAGCACAAGGGCCGCGGCGUUGUCAGGACAGUCACAAAAACGGUCCCCAACGACUCAUUUUUCAAUUUCUUCACCCCACCAGAGGUCCCGGAAAACGGAGAGUUGGACGAAGACUCUGAAGCGGUCCUGGCAGCCGACUUUGAAAUCGGUCACUUCAUCCGCGAACGCAUCGUUCCCCGCGCCGUGUUGUACUUCACGGGAGAGGCCAUAGAAGACGACGACGAUGAUUACGACGAAGAAGGAGAGGAGGCCGAUGACGAGGAAGGUGAAGAGGAAGCCGAUGAAGAAAACGACCCCGACUACGAUCCCAAGAAGGACGCGGCCUCCCCAGCUGAGUGCAAGUCUCAGUGA